AUGACUUUUCCUCAAACUGCUGAAGGUAUUACCAAGUACCUUAGGUCAAAAACUAUCUCAACUACAGAAGUAUGUCAAAUUGCACAGAAGAUUGAGGCUGGAGAAUGUGAAUUUUAUUUCCCUAAUGCCCAUGUUUUCAUUAUUGAGUUAAUUAUUGAUAGAUGGAAUGAUGCGAAGAAUGUGGACUUUAAGGAGGAUUGGAAUAUUUGGAAAUUAUUUAAUACGCUUUGGCUUAGAAUCCAGGAUGAGGAUCAUCAGAAGAAGCUGCUAAAGGGUCUUAGAUAUAUUUCUAACUUACUGCAGACUAUUCAGCUUAUUAAGGGGUCUUAUGAUGAUUUUGCAAGAGUUCUGCUGGAACAGUUUCGGCUGAUCAACCGUACCACAGCUGUUCAGUGCUCGCCAGAAGACUCUAUUAAGGUUAUUGGAGGUGUAUUGAAUUUAGUUCUAUAUUGUGAGAAGCCUCAUUUACACCUAAGAGAAUCUAUCAUUUCAGAAGCGAUCAUUUUGGUUGACAUAGAAAAUGUUACGAAAUCUACCUCGAAGCUUAUACUUGCAUAUUUGAAGCACCUUCUAUCUCCCACAAUGAGCUACUUCUACAGAUUUGAUUUUGAUUCUGUUGACAGUUACAAUGUCAGAUUGCUGAAUAUGUUGGGAAAGUUUUUAUUUAAUGAUAAUCCUAAUAUUUUGGCUAACCUAAAGACCUUCAUUGAGGAAGGAAAGCUGGAAUUGGAGACUGCUACUACGCUGUUUAAAUCCACCAUAUAUUUUCUGUCCGGGACAGAUUUCAAGAAGCUAGAAGAUCUGUUUACAAUGAUUGUCGAGAUCUCUCCAGAAUCGGCAUCUAAAAUGCUGUCGGCAUUAUCGCAUUCUAAGAAGACAUUGUCACAAGAGUUUCUGGAGAACCUAUUUAAUGUUACUAUCCCGCAAGAAGACCUUAAAUUGCUAUCGAAUAUAAUCAACUUAGAUAUUGAUGUUGGUAUCAAAAACACCAACCGCCUGUUAAAGAUAUUGUCCAAUGCUGAGCCAAGUAAUAUUACAAUUGAAUUAUGGUCUAAACUGGUGAAAUGUUAUGUUGCAGCCCGAGAGUUACCAAAGUUUAUUGAUACUUUAAAGGAAUAUGCAAACCAAACUGAAUGUGACCUAUUGUUGAAGGAUGUGAGGUUUUUUGGUGUAGUGGUUCAAAGCGUUCCGUUGCUUUCUGUCACACAAUUAAAGUUGCUUCUAAACGAUCUUGUUGAUGAAAUCAUUCGCACCAAAACAGCGCCUACAAUCCUAGUUACUUCCAUUGUUGUAAGAGGAUUAAAGGAUAUUUCUUCUUCUACAUUAUCAGAACUUCGACUAAUUCUUGCAAAGAUCUUCGAAAUUCAGUAUAUUGAGGUACUAGAGUUCUGGGAUCUAAGAUACCAUGUUUUAGAAGUUUAUGAAGACCUUUUAACUGAGGACUCUGCAUCAAGUUUUGACAUUAAACAGUUACUAGGAACUGUUAAAAAACCUCCGGUUACUUUCUUUCUUAAUAUCUUCAAAUUACGAGAACUGGUAGAGUUUAAAAUGGAGGAAGUCAUUUGCAGUUUCAUGGCGUGUUUGGCUGAACUGUCUUCUGCGGAAGAUGUGUUAUUGGAAUUAUUCCAGAGAUGGAGUUCUAUUGUUGAAUUGACUUUUAGUAAGGAAGAUAUCGAGAACUUGAUACUCAUCUCUUUGAAAGAUGAUAAUAUAUCGAUCUUUGAUGAGAUAUUUAAGGAUGAUGAUUUUUUUGAAGAGAACCGUAUAAUGCAAAUUCUAGUAACACACUUAGCUGGUAUGAUCAAUAACGAAAGCUGUUUGAACUUACUCAUUCAGAUUCCAAUUCAAUGCAUUAACAAACACAUUAGAGUUGAAACUAUCAACAAAACGAUGGAAAAGCCGCAAUUAUUAGAACAGGAUCUAAGACUGUUAAAGCAUCUUCUCCUAAAUCCAACUUUUAAAUCCUAUUUGGAAUCAGAUCCAGAUCAACUAAUGAAGGUGGUGUCACAACCAAGUGCCAUUUAUUUCACUAAAAAUGACGUUUUUGAAAUUGUUUGGUUGAAUAAUGUCAAUAAUAUAAGGGCCCCAGAAUGCAAGUCAUAUAUUAUGCAUACUAUCUCCACUCUCUUAUCACAGAUCAAGCAGCAGUUUAGUUUCCCGGUAUACAAACUGUCCUAUUAUGUUGUUCAAUCAACUCCAGAUACUAUCUCGGAGUGCAACGAACUGAGAAAGCAGUAUAUUUCUGGCGUAACAGCGUACCUUGAAAGCUUGACUAACUUCGAUAAAAAUGCUGAGCUAGUAUCAUGGCUUCUGAAGUCACUAUAUUACAUAUCUGAGUCAGGAAAAGAAGCAGAAAAAGUACCAGACAAUUUAAUAGAAAAACUGUCACUAGGUUUGAGAAGAACAAGAAAUCCUUUAUUGCUGGAGAGUUUCUUUAUGCUGUUAACAACAAGAAAUACCGAAAAGCUGAAAUAUCUUUUGGCGCAUUACCUCGUGUUGAGGUCUUAUAAUGUUGAGAAAACAAAUUUACGCUUGAGCAUAGAAUCACUUGUAAAAAGGGUUUUACUAUUAGAUGAAAACUCUUUCAACGAUUCAUUUGAAUUAAUUAUUGCUUCGUUUGCAGAAUGCAGCACCGAAAACAUUAUUUGGCUAGUUGAACUUUAUGAAAUCUUCACCGCAUUUUUAUCUAAAAGCAACACCAAAGGUACCUUUUUAUUCACAAAGUCUAUUUCUGAGUUUCACACUAAUUCCAACCUGUACAUUGGUAACCGUGAAGCUAUAGUCACAGUUAUUAACAUUUACAAAAACUAUCUUUCUACAAAACCAUGGCUAUUCCCUCAAUAUGCGAUCGAGUUAUUGUUCCCAAUGUGCAUUAAGCUCAAUGUUUCCAUGAGCGCCAGAAAUCAGGAAAACUGGGAUGACUGUUAUAUCUUAACAACCCAACUACUUUCAUCUGUGUUAAUAUAUCACAGGUACAAAUUAUCAAGCCGUCAUCAUCUCAUGAAUACGUCGAUAUGCUCUUUGUUAGAAAUUAUCUCUAGUGAUACAAAUCUGACAGCAAAUUCCGCCAGAUCUCUGGCAAGAUUAAUUACAAACCUUUGUGAACCUUCCAACGUCUCAGAUUUCGCCAAAGACUCACUAAAUUCGAAGAUUACUUUCAUAAAAAGAUCCUUGAGGAGAUUUUUGCCUGUAAUUCUAUUGAAGUUUAUUAACUUAUCAGUCUCAAAGCCAUUCAGCAUGUCAAUCCGUAAUGAGCUUACCAUCAGCAUCUAUUCUAUCUUUGACGUAUUAUCACCAACGGAGUUUGCAAUAGUGAAUGCGAACAUAGAUUCUGCAGACCGAGCUUAUUUGAAGGCUCUGUACGAUGAUUACAGGAAGGUCGGUAAAUGGAGAGACGAUUAG